UGUUAUCAUUAAUCACCAGUUAAAAAUAGAUUUGAUAGCCGUGAUGAUACACCUGUUGUGAUUGUUUCUCAAUUACAGUCUGAAGGAUUAUUAUGAUUUCAGAUACCAACCACUGAUCCUCGGUGAUUCGAAUAGUAAAACUUUUGGUAACAGAAGAAACUAAAAUGGAGAAGAAAAUCGUCACUUUGGGAAAUAUCAACUCUAAUUUCAUAAAUAUGCAGUAUGCGGUCCGUGGACCGCUUUCAAUACGGUCGGCGGAAAUUGCGAAGGAAUUGAAACAGGGUGUUCCAAAACCUUUCAGUGAAGUGAUUCGUGCCAACAUUGGAGACUGCCAAGCGAUGGGUCAGAAACCUAUAACAUUCAUUCGGCAGGUCUUGACCUUGUGCGCAUAUCCAGAGUUGAUGACAGAUGACAGAUUUCCGGAUGAUGUUAAGGAAAGAGCUCAAAAUAUCAUAAAAGCCUGUGGCGGAAAUAGUAUUGGUGUGUACACUGAAAGUACUGGAUUAGAAAUAGUCAAGCGCCAUGUUGCGCAAUACAUAGAGAAAAGAGAUGGCUUUCCUGCAGAUUACUCAAACAUCAUGCUGAGAACAGGCGCGACUGAAGGUAUCAAAAAUAUCCUCUGCUUGAUGAAUCAUUCGACUAAUGGGAAAAGUCCUGGCGUAAUGAUUCCUAUUCCUCAAUAUCCUCUCUACUCUGCCACAAUUGCGGAAUACGGAAUGCAACAGAUCAAUUACUAUCUGGACGAGGACAAUGCUUGGGCUUUGAAUAUUUCUGAAUUAAAGCGAGCUCUUAACGAAUCGAAAAAAUCAUGUGAACCAAAAGUUUUGGUUGUUAUCAAUCCUGGAAAUCCCACAGGUUCUGUUCUCACUUAUGAAAAUAUCCGAGAAAUUAUUAAAUUCGCUUUCGAAGAGAAACUGCUUCUCAUGGCUGAUGAGGUGUAUCAGGAUAAUGUAUACGCUCCAGGCAAGCAGUUUCACUCCUUCAAAAAAGUAUUGAUGGAAUUGGGCGAGCCUUACAAUAGGAUGGAGUUGGUCUCCUUUAUGUCUGCUUCAAAGGGCUAUAUGGGCGAGUGUGGAUUUCGAAGUGGAUAUGUGGAAUUGGUAAAUUUUAGCCCAGAUGUCAAAUAUAUGCUUUUUAAAUUUGCAUCUGCUGCUUCAUGUCCUAAUGUUUUGGGACAGGCCGCGAUGUACUGCAUAGUGAAUCCACCCCAGGAAGGAGAACCAUCUUAUGACCUCUUCGUCAAGGAAAAAACAGCGAUUUUGAAGUCUCUGAAAGAACGUGCCCUGAUGGUCGAGAAUGCAUUCAACCGAAUGAAAGGAAUAAAAUGCAAUGCCGUCGCUGGGGCAAUGUACGCAUUUCCGCAAUUGACAUUACCAGAAAAGGCCAUUGAGAAAGCUAAGUCACUGGGACAAGCACCCGACUUCUUCUAUGUCAUGCAACUACUAGAGGACACUGGAAUUUGCGUCGUGCUUGGAAGUGGAUUUGGUCAGAUACCUGGAACAUUCCAUUUCAGGACAACUAUUCUACCUCAACCAAAGAAACUGAAGAUAAUGUUGCAAAAGUUUGAAGAAUUUCAUAACAAGUUUUUAGAAGAAUAUAAAUAGAUAAAUCAAGUUCCUAACAUGAUACUGUGAAAUUAGUCAAGUUCUACUGCCUUUAAAUACUUAAACAGAGCAAAGAAAACAUUUUUCUCUCUCUCAAAGUUGCGACCAGUUAAAAUCCAGUAUAAAAAGUUGAUUAUUACAAUCAUACACACCUUAGCUUUCAGAACUGGGACCAGAUGGGUGAGUUUCUCAAUAAGGCCAAUUUCUCUAGCAAUGAAGUCUACAUGAUCUUCAGCAAAUACGUCAAAGAUUUUAUCUAAUGUUUCUGCAGUGACCCACAUGUCAUUACUUUUUAAGCAUAUGUCUAGCAAGAAGGAUCCAAUUACCUGAAAAGGAAUCAAUAUAUAUCUUACAACAGAAAGAAAUUUUAAAAUAAUUUAGACUAAAUGUUUAUAAAAAUGAAUUAUGAUUAAAGAUAUAGAGUGAAUUUUAUUUGA